UCGCUCAAAGCAACACAACAGUAGUGUUUUAGCAUAUUACAAAAUGUCAAGGCCAACUCUGUACUACGCUCUGUUCAGCCCUCCAGCCAGAGCUUGCAUAAUUACUGCAAAGCUAAUUGGCUUGGACCUGGAGCUCAAGCCUGUGGAUUUUUCCAAGAAAGAGCAUUGCAGCGAGGAGUUUUUAAAGCUCAAUCCCCAGCAUCAGAUUCCGGUAUUUGUGGACACCGACGGUGAGGUUUAUGUAGACAGCCAUGCCAUUAUAUGCUUCAUGGUGGGGAAAUAUGCCAAGGACGACCAGCUGUAUCCGAAGGAUCUAAAGAAACGGGCGCAUGUCGAUCAUCGUUUGCACUACGAGAACGGUGUGCUAUUCCAGGUUAUCAAGGACAUUGUGGCACGCAACAUUUACGGCGGCGAGGCGGAGCUCAACCAGAGGUCACUGACUCUCUGCCACAAUGCCUACGCAGACCUCGAGCACUUUCUGUUGAAGGGAAACUUUGCAGCAGGCAACGAUCUGAGCUUAGCGGAUGUUUCGAUUCAUACAACUCUCGUGACAUUGGAAUUGCUUAUACCGCCUGAUCCGGAUCGUUAUCCCCAGAUUACUGCAUGGCUCAAGCGCAUGAACCUAUUGAUACCCGACAAUGAGAUGAAUCUUAAAGGAGCAGAGGCUCUGAAUGCACGGAUAAGAAGCUGCAUGGCCGAGAACAAGACAAAGUAAAACCUCCAAGAGGAAUGGGGAUGGGAUCCAAUCAAAUAACUUGUUUGUUGUACAUUGUUGAACUAGAAUUUAUUGUUGAUACUAUUAUAUUUUUAUAUUUUUAAAUCCUUGCUACAAUACAAUAGUUUAUGUCUGUCUUUUGAUUUUUGGAAGUCAAAUAUACAAUUCGUAGUUUUCGGAGA